AUGUCAGAACUGCUCCGAAUCAACAGCCCUGACAGCACGAUCAACUGCAUCAACUACAUCAGACCUUUGACUGUUCCCCUCAAUGCUGCCAAUGGUGUCAUCACUUUUGAUACUUUAAUGCUGUCCCUGUGGCACUGGGCCGGGGAUCAAACAAGGGCCUCCACAGAGGGCCAGGGACCAAACCCGCAUCUUCGGGGUUCCUUGUCGGGUUUGUUACUGCUGAGCCACAAGGGGAACUCCCUACGCAGGGAACUUGUUCUCGUCGUUCUCACUGUGUUGUUGACAACUUCCCAGGGCUCCGGAUCCCGGCGCCCCGCCCGACCCCGCCCCUGGCGACCGGGAGGCGGCUUCGCCCGGCGGCCCCGCGGGGCACCAGCAGCUGCCGCGGGGGUUGGAGGAGGUGGAGGGCGCCCGCCGAGCAGCGCGCCUCGCAGCUGCAGCCACGCGAUCCGCUUCCCGCCUCCGUCCCUGUGUCCCCGGGGCCGGCAGGAGGCCCCCGGCUCCGGGCGCUGGGUGGGAAGCCGCACCAGACCGAUGGGGGCGGCGGUGGCAGCCCUGUCCGGCCUGGCCGUGCGACUGUCGCGCUGGGCCGCGGCGCGCGGCUCCUACAGCGCCUUCUGCAAGGGGCUCACGCGCACGCUGCUCACCUUCUUCGACCUGGCCUGGCGGCUGCGUAUGAACUUCCCCUACGUCUACGUGGUGGCUUCGGUGAUGCUCAACGUGCGCCUGCAGGUACACAUUUAGAGCAACUAACUUUGCGGCAUUAGGGGGACCCCAGCAGGAUGGCUGACCGCCACUCACCAGCUCACCCGCCCUAGAGCAAAGUGACCAGCUCGCCACGCGCACAGACUCGCCAGCCCGUCCUGCCACUGCCCCUUCUCGUCAUAUAAAUGGGAGGCUGGAAAUCAUUAUUUGCGGGAAGCCUGCAAUAUAACCAAAAAGCCUAAGACACAACGAAAAAUUGAAUCUCGGAGUUCCCGUGGUGGCUCAGCGGAAACUAAUCUGACUAGCAUCCCUGACGACGCAGGUUCAAUCCCUAGCCUCGCUCAGUGGGUUAAGGAUCCUGUGUUGCCGUGAGCUGUGGUGUAGGUCGCAGAUGCGGCUCGGAUCUGCUAUGGCUGUGGCUGUGGUGUAGGCUGGCAGCUACAGUUCCCAUUCAACCCCUAGCCUGGGAACCUCCAUAUGCCAUGGGUGCGGCCCUAAAAAGACAAAAGACAGAAAAUAAAAGUUGAAUCUCAAGGAAACAGCUAAUUCGAGGGACAGAAAAAAAAAAAAAAAACAAACUUCAAACUCUCAAAAUCCUCAGAAAUAUUUGAGUUCUUGCAUCCAUAAAACAAAAGACAGCACGAACACUGGGAAAUGACAGUGAACACAGGAUGCCCAAAGGGGGCAAAAAGGAAAAGUUACCAACAGCUUAAAUAAGACAGACUGUACAAGAAUGGCCCAAAUAGGCACAUCUAUGUAAAAAAGUGAAGAUCCUUCCAAUUGAACGGAAAAUUCUAAGCCAUAGAUGGGUGGAGUCAGAAGUUGGAGGAAGUUAAUCAUUUGAUCUGGAAGGCAUACAUUUCUUCAUCCCCAAAGGAAAAAAAAAAAAAAAAAAAAACGACGGCAAACAAACUACAUGGAAAAACAAAUACUUCAAAUUGUACAAGAGAACAUGUUUCAAAUAUUAAGCAACCUCAGAUGUGUCCUGUUUUUCAACCUUUGCCUGGAAUGUGAGAAAGGGAAUCAACUUGAACGCUUGGCACAUGGACCAAGACUCUGCAAUCACAGAAGAGAAAAUCCAGUCAUAGAGCGAGCAGCUCAACUUUGCUAUUCAGUGAAUAGGGUUUAAAUAAUCACUACAGUGGGACUCUU